AUGCAGCCAACCGAUGGACCGAGGAACUGGCAUGGCCCAACUGCAGCGAUGGUACUGGAAUGCGCAAGCGCAAAUGUGUGUUCAAUUCAGCUUACUAGCGGCAUGAAAGGCACUCAGAACAACUUCCUAAGCAGGCAGGAUUGUGAACGAACGUGUUACGUGCUUGAUAAUCCCGUCCGCGAUGCGCUCGGUCCGCCUCAGAUGGGCUUGGACAAUCGUCCAGUGACGUGCUCUAUUGGCAUGAACACUUGUGGAGCAGGCUAUUGGUGUCAUUUUGGGGCCAACCAGCAACCACGUUGCUGCCCUGGGACGAGAGACGUUUAUGGGCUCAGCAAUAACUUCCUCACCCAACAGGAAUGCGAACAAACGUGUCCCGUAUACGUCAACGUCUGCCCGGUGGGGACACCUCUGCUGGAUUCAACGAAUCACCCGGUUCCCUGCACAUUCGGAGCUAAUUCGUGCGGUGAAGGAUACUGGUGUCAUCUCGGCCUUGUACCGGACGAGUAUCAAUGUUGUCCGGGUGAACCAACAGUACCGGGCGCAUGUCAAGGAUUGCCAGAAGUACAAGGAGAACUCGGUGCACCAGCUCCACCAGCAACGCGGUACUACUACAGUGUGAUCGAGAUGGCCUGCAAGCCGUUCAUUUACAAUGGUCGAAAAGGGAAUCAAAACAAUUUCCUUACAUUGGAGGAUUGCGAAGAGACGUGUAAUGGUGAAUCAGCAUGA